AGAGACAGACGGACUGAAAGACAGACGAUCAGAUUCACCUUCAGACCAAACUAACAACUUCCUCUGAGUUCAGCUACAGGAGAGAAAAGUGGAAACUACAACCCUGCUGCGUCAACCUGCGGACCCUCCACCCCCUGAAGCUUCACUCAGAGACAACAUGGCUUCCAGGUUAGAGGAAGAUCUCUGCUGUCCGGUCUGUAAGGACGUCUUUAGAGAUCCUGUCAUCCUGUCCUGCUGCCACAGCUUCUGUAAAGCCUGUCUGCAGACCUGGUGGACGAGGAAAGAAGUAAAGGAUUGUCCAGUUUGUAGGAGAACAUCUUCAAGUAUAAAUCCCCCUCGUAAUCUGUCUUUAAAGAACCUGUGUGAGGCCUUCUCACUGGAGAGAGGUCAGAGAUCUCCAGAGGCUCUCUGCAGUCUGCACUCUGAGAAGCUCAGACUCUUCUGUCUGGACCAUCAGCAGCCAGUGUGUCUCGUCUGCAGAGAUUCAAGAACACACAAAAACCACAGAUUCAGACCCAUGGAUGAAGCUGCUCAGGAUCUCAGAGAGGAGCUCCAGAAAGCUCUGCAUCCCUUAAAGAAGAAACUGAAGCUCUUUGAAGAAGUUAAAGUGAAGUUUGAUCAAACAGCAGGACACAUGAAGGUCCAGGCUCAACACACAGAGACGCAGAUUAAGGAGCAGUUUAAGAAGCUUCACCAGUUUCUAGAAGAGGAAGAGGAGGCCAGGAUGGCUGCACUGAGGAAGGAAGAGGGGCAGAAGAGGAGGAUGAUGGAGGAGAAGAUGGUGGCUAUGAGCAGAGAGAUAGCAGCUAUUUCACACACAGUCAGAGCCACAGAGGAGGAGCUGAGAGCUGAAGACGUCUCCUUCCUGCUCAACUGCAAGGCUGUAGUGGAGAGGCUGCAGCGCCCCCUGCUGGAGGACCCACAGCUGCCCUCAGGAGCUCUGAUAGACCAGGCCAAACACCUGGGCAACCUCAGCUUCAACAUCUGGAGCAAGAUGAAGAACAUGGUGUCCUACUCUCCUCUCAUCCUGGACCCAAACACUGCUCAUCCAAGACUCAUCCUGUCUGAAGAUCUGACCAGAGUGAGACAAGGAGGAUGGAGACUUCCUAAUAAUCCAGAGAGGUUUGAUAAAUACCCCUCUGUCAUGGGCUCUGAGGGCUUUAACUCAGGGACUCACAGCUGGGAUGUCCAGGUUACAGGCAGUACAUUCUGGUUUCUGGGUGUGUUAGCAGAGUCUGUCCAGAGGAAGGGAGUCAUACUGUCUGGAUUAUGGAGAAUAUGUUUCUGUAAAGGUAAAUACUCAGCAUGGUCACCAUCAGUUCCAGAAACUGCUCUCCGCCUGAAGAAGAAGCUCCAGAGGGUCAGAGUUAAUCUGGACUGGAACAGAGGAAAGUUGUCGUUCUCUGAUCCUGACACUAACACACACAUACACACCUUCACACACACUUUCACUGAGAGGAUGUUUCCAUACAUUGGCACUGUGGGUGUAGUGAACAUAUUACCACUGAAGGUGUGUGUGACAGUGGAUCAGAGAAGGUAGAGAUAAACAGGAUCAUUAUACCUAUGAUGUUUAUCUCUUAAAGCAGGCGUGUGUAUCUUUCUGGGUCUGUAUAAGGAUCAGCUCCUUCUUACAUCCAGGCCUCGGUUAAACCAUAUUCUCCAUCACGUUCACUUCUCUCGACGUCAGCCAAUCAGAUUGCUGCUCCCUCACUGAGAGUGGGAUCCAGGUACCCCCCCAAAACACACCUAGCGGUGGUGAGGUGAAAUCAGGGUUAAUGUUAUAAUUAUUACAUUUAAUUCAUACCCAGCUAGAAAUGUUUGUUGUUAACAUUCACUCUUCCAGGAAUGUUUUCAGCGGGAAGUUUUCUUUUGGUUUCCAGAAUGUUCUUCUGAAGGGUAGGAUAGCGUUCUCUAACAACAUUCUUAAAAUAUUUUGUGAUGACCUUCUUCAGAUGUUUUUGAUAAUAUUGUUCGAACAUUAUGCCCUACUAUUCUUAAAACGUUUUCAGCGUCUUGUGCUGCAUUCACUUGCACUCGGACAUUAGGGAUUUUCUCUCAUAAAUGUCCGAUGAGCCACAACUUUUAUUGCAAAACAAAGCUACCUACUGGGAUGGCAGCUGGGGUGGCAAGGCUAUUUUUUAGGGUGGCAGUUGCCACCCCAUGCCACCCCGGUAGAUCCGCCCCUGACUCCCCCUGCUGGUUAUACUACAAUAAUACAUUUCUUUGAAGUUAUGAAGAAAAUGCUUUGGGUUUAUAAAAAAUAGCAUUUAUUCGUUUUUUUAUGUUAUUGUUAUAAUUAGUUUUGAUGGUCUUUUCUUUUGUUAAUUUUGAAUAAAAAAAAUUAUUUAGUAAUUACAUUAAUUUGU